AUGCGGGCGGGUGACUGGACAGGCAAGCAGGCAGGCAAGAAGGUUGGCAUGCGGGCGGGUGACUGGGCAGGCAAGCAGGCAGGCAAGAAGGUUGGCAUGCGGGCGGGUGACUUGGCAGGCAAGCAGGCAGGCAAGAAGGUUGGCAUGCGGGCGGGUGACGGGGCAAGAAAGCAGGCAGGCAAGAAGGUUGGCAUGCGGGCGGGUAACUGGGCAGGCAAGCAGGCAGGCAAGAAGGUUGGCAUGCGGGCGGGUCACUGGGCAGGCAAGCAGGCAGGCAAGAAGGUUGGCAUGCGGGCGGGUGACUGGGCAGGCAAGCAGGCAGGCAAGAAGGUUGGCAUGCGGGCGGGUGACUGGGCAAGCAAGCAGGCAGGCAAGAAGGUUGGCAUGCGGGCGGGUGACUGGGCAAGCAAGCAGGCAGGCAAGAAGGUUGGCAUGCGGGCGGGUGACUGGGCAAGCAAGCAGGCAGGCAAGAAGGUUGGCAUGCGGGCGGGUGACUGGGCAAGCAAGCAGGCAGGCAAGAAGGUUGGCAUGCGGGCGGGUAACUGGCAAGCAAGCAGGCAGGCAGGCAAGAAGGUUGGCAUGCGGGCGGGUGACUGGCAAGCAAGCAGGCAGGCAGGCAAGAAGGUUGGCAUGCGGGCGGGUGACUGGGCAGGCAAGCAGGCAGGAAAGAAGGUUGGCAUGCGGGCGGGUGACUGGGCAAGCAAGCAGGCAGGCAAGAAGGUUAGCAUGCGGGCGGGUGACUGGGCAAGCAAGCAGGCAGGCAAAAAGGUUGGCAUGCGGGCGGGUGACUGGGCAAGCAAGCAGGCAGGCAGGCAAGAAGGUUGGCAUGCGGGCGGGUAA